AUGAAUCAGAAAAGCCUAGAUCAAAACUUUCCAACGAUUACUGUAAAAUUUCCUGGGAAGGACAUUGCUGAUCUAAGCCUGGUACUCAAAAAUAAAGAAAGAGCUUAUGAAAUCAAAUUAUUGAUAUCAAAAUAUACGAAAGUUCCAUCAGAAUCGAUUAAAUUGCUACACAAUGGACAGACUAUUAAAAACAUAACGAAUAUUUCUAAUGAAUAUAAUAACGCAAUUUUCGAAUGCUAUUAUGAUGAAGAUUUAGACUCAAAACGUGAUUCAAACUCACAAAAACAGGUAGACUAUGUAGAUAUUCCUGAUUUUCUUAUUACAGAAGAUGCAAUUGAAUAUAUUGAGAAUUUAAAUUACCCAAGAAGCCAAGCCAUUAAUGCUCUGAUUACUGCUAAAGGUGACUUACAACAGGCGAUAAGUUUAUUAUCAGCAAAACCUAUUCCUUCCAAAAAUAUUAUUUCUAAGCAAGAAAGCAACACUGACGAUUCGAAAAUAUCAAAAUCAGACGCUAAAACAGCUGAUGAAACUCCGAAAUCUAAAGAAAAUGAAAAAUCAAAUAUAAAUUACUCCGAACAAAACAAAAUCAAAGAGAGUGCAAAUACCACAAGUAAUACGGAGAAAAAUCAAGCACAAAACGAAUCAAAUGAAAGUGAAGAUUCAGAUGAACCAAUUUUAAUCGACACAAGUGACCAAAACUCAAACAACCCUCAAGAUCUCGUAAAUGAAAUUGACCUUAAAGAGAAAUUGGCCAUUGGCGAAAAAAUUUUGGAAAAUAUUCAAAAAUUCAACGAAGAAAAUUUAAUUGAAAAAACAGUCACUGAUAUCAAAAAUGAACCAUUGAUUCAAAAAGAGAACCAAAUUUUGUUAAAUUUACUAAAUAAAAUCGAAUUACCCUUAAGAUAUCCUUUAAUACAUGCUGUUAUAGGUUUCAGUGAUCGUGACAUUUAUAACUUUGGCAUUAAAGCCUUCAGUUCUGCUCCAGGAAAGUUUUUGAAAGGAUUAUACAGGAUAACCAAGUACGAACUUGAAAAUGUGAAAGAAUAUCCGAAUCUAUGUGAAAUGAAUGACAAAUUGCGUGAUUUCUACAAAGAUAUUCCCGAUUCAAACUCAAAAAUUUUAUUAUUGAACAGACAAGAAUAUAGUAAUAGGAAACUACGAGAAUAUUCCGGACGUAAGUCUAACAUGUAUGAUAGGCUUAAGAAAAAAUGUUCGAAAAUCUCUUUAAAAAUCUUGCAAUUAAUAAUGAAAAUCAGAGAUCUUAAUUAUGUCAAACCAACAUAUGAUAUUAUGUCAUUACAUCUCGUAUUUGCUAGGAAUCCUCCAGAUUUUCAUUAUAUUCUCAUAGAUUUAGCUGAUAAUGAAUUUCAACUUAUUCUUAACUCAAUGACCUUCUGUCCUCAAAGCUCAACGACGGAAGUUGCUGCUCAGCUUAGAAAAUAUUCUGGUUUAGCACCUUAUUUAAGCCUAACAGCGUUCGAAAAAAUACCAAAAAGUGACAACGAAAAAUCUUCGAACAUUGUUGCAAUUCCUUUGCAUGAAUUUGUUCCAAUUGAUAUUGUUAAGGCAAUUAGAAGUACCAGCAUGAUUGCUUUGGACUAUUUCAACAUUUAUCCGAGAUUAAUCUUGAAAAAGCCUGAUAUCCGUAAUAUCGUCAAAGAAAUACGUCAUUCUAUGCAACCUCAAGCUGAAGAGCCCAAGAAACAAGAGAAAGUUCAUCAAAAACCUGUUGAAAAAACAAAAAUUUCUGAAAAAUCCCAAGAAAAUACGGAAAAUCAAACUAAACCUGUUGAAGUUAGUCAAACCAUUCCAUUGCCAGAAGAAUCAUCCGUUCAUAAAGAAGAAAUUUCCUCAGAAAAUAAAGAAAAUCAAAACCAACCUCUUGAAAAGAAUUUGUUUGAGAUUGAGGAGGUGAAUCAGAUACCCCAAAACGUUGAAACUCAUAACGAACACCGUGAAACUGAAAUUAACCAAAUUAUUGAAAAUAUUGUUUCGACAUCUCAAAAAAUUUCCGGCAAUUCUUUUGAAACAACCACUUUUCUUUCAGAUGAUGAGAUCGAUAGCCAGCAUUCUGUUCCGAUUUCUCAUCCAAUUAUUGAAGAACCAAAAACUGUUCCUUAUCAACUAAUUCCGAAAUCUGCUGAUGACCAUUUGAGUUUUGUCAAGGAUUUACAUAUUUACAAUUCAGUUUUGGCUGACAUUCCUCCAACCAAUCAAAAUCCAGUAAAGGAAACUAAUAAAACAUAUACAAGAGUGAGAGAAUUAAUCCUUUCAGAUGAAAUGAUUCGUGAUUUGCUUUCUAAAUCAAGCAAUAAUCCAGGUUGGGCUGUUGCUAAUUACUAUAAGGCAUUGUUCAAAUGA